CGGCAGGAGCAGGGGGAGGAGGAGGCGCAGGAGGCAGCUGCAACAGCCAAGGCAGGGCUGCCUCGUCCAGGAGGAGCAUCAGCAAAGUGGUGUACGACGAUCAUGAGAGCGAAGAGGAGGAGGAGGAGAGCAUGGUGUCCGAGGAGGAGGAGGAGGGAGACCCCGAGGAUAACCAGGACUCCGAGGAGGAAGAAGAGGAGGAGAUAAUGGAGGAAGAGGACGACGACGACUCUGACUACCCCGAAGAGAUGGAGGAUGAAGACGAUGCCAGUUAUUGCACUGAGAGCAGCUUCAGGAGCCACAGCACCUACAGCAGCACCCCAGGUAGGAGAAGACAGAGAGCACAUCGUCCUCGUUCUCCAAUAUUGGAAGAAAAAGAUAUCCCACCCUUGGAGUUUCCUAAAUCCUCAGAGGACUUAAUGGUGCCUAGUGAGCAUAUAAUGAAUGUUAUUGCCAUCUAUGAGGUACUGAGGAACUUUGGCACUGUUUUGCGCCUCUCUCCUUUUCGUUUUGAGGACUUCUGUGCUGCUCUGGUAAGUCAAGAGCAGUGCACACUCAUGGCAGAGAUGCACAUAGUGCUGUUAAAAGCAGUUUUACGUGAAGAAGACACUUCAAAUACUACCUUUGGACCUGCUGACCUCAAAGAUAGCGUUAAUUCCACUUUGUAUUUCAUAGAUGGGAUGACGUGGCCAGAGGUUCUGCGGGUAUAUUGUGAGAGUGACAAGGAAUACCAUCAUGUUCUUCCUUACCAAGAGACAGAGGACUAUCCUUAUGGACCAGUAGAGAAUAAAAUCAAAGUUCUGCAGUUCUUAGUGGAUCAGUUUCUUACCACAAACAUUGCACGUGAGGAGUUGAUGUCAGAAGGGGUUAUUCAGUAUGAUGAUCACUGUAGGGUUUGUCACAAACUCGGGGAUUUGCUGUGCUGUGAGACCUGCUCGGCCGUGUACCACCUGGAGUGCGUGAAGCCGCCCCUGGAGGAGGUGCCCGAGGACGAGUGGCAGUGUGAGGUCUGUGUGGCACACCAGGUGCCCGGGGUGACUGACUGUGUGGCUGAAAUCCAAAAAAACAAACCCUACAUCCGCCACGAGCCCAUCGGCUACGACCGGCACCGGCGGAAAUACUGGUUCCUGAACAGGAGGAUCAUCAUAGAGGAAGAUUCAGAAAGUGAGAAGGAUAAGAAAAUCUGGUACUACAGCACCAAGAUCCAGCUGGCAGAGUUAAUUGAAUGCCUGGACAAGGAUUACUGGGAGGCUGACCUAUGCAAAACCCUGGAGGAGAUGCGUGAGGAAGUUCAUCGGCACAUGGAUGUGACAGAAGACCUUACAAACAAAGCAAGGGGCAGCAACAAGUCUUUCCUUUCUGCAGCAAAUGAUGAAAUUUUGGACAUUAUCAGAGCAAGAAAAGGAGAAAUAGUGGAAGAUAAAAACACAGGAGAUGAGGAAGCAGAAAAGGCCAAAAGUGAUGUUGAUAAUGACCAGACAGAUGCUGAGAGAGACAAGGAAGAAUCUGGAGACCAAGAUAAAAUUGAGGAAACACAGAGUGAGCAAGAUGUGGAAAAAGAGAAAACAGAAGAGGCAGCAGUCGUUGGGGAUAAAAGUAACAGUGUGAGCUGCAGCCCUGAUGACAGCACCACAAACCCUCCUGCAGGAGAGGAUGGUUGCUCUGAAGGGAAGGACGCACUGGGGUGUCAGUCAGAAAGCCUUGAUAGCAACAACGUGGCAGAGAAGAAGGUGGCAUCAGAGCUCCCUCUGCAACUCUCAGAAGAAACUGGUCAGAUGGUCCCCAGCAGUGGCUCUGCUGCCCCUCCACAGGCAGAGGCUGAGAACAGCAGUGGCAGCGAGCUGGGCUCUGGCCACAAUGACUCCAUUAAAACUCUUGAUGAUGCUGAAAAUGCAGAGAGGGGAUCCCAGGCUUCAGAGGAUUUAGGAGAGAAAUCCAAUGGUGACAGAAGUGAUUCUCCAGGGGCAGGGAAGGGCACGCCAGGCUCGACACGGAUGCUCACCAGAUUGAGAAAUCCAGACAGCAAACUGAGCCAGAUGAAAAGCCAGCAGGUUGCUGCUGCAGCAAAUGAAGCAAAUAAGUUAUAUAAAGAAACCAGAGAGGUUCUGGUGGUCAACUCCCAAGGGGAAGUGUCCCGAGUGAACACCAAGAAGGACGUGGUGAUUAAAGGAAAUAUCAACAACUAUUUCAAGCUGGGGCAGGAGGGGAAGUACCGUGUGUAUCACAACCAAUAUGCCACCAACUCCUUUGCUCUGAACAAGCACCAGCACAGGGAGGACCAUGACAAGAGGAGACACCUCUCCCACAAAUUCUGCCUGACCCCAGCUGGAGAGUUCAAGUGGAACGGGUCUGUGCAUGGCUCCAAAGUUCUCACCAUAUCCACCCUGAGGCUGACCAUUAUUCAGCUGGAAAACAAUAUCCCAGCAUCCUUCCUUCACCCUAAUUGGGCUUCCCACAGGUCUAACUGGAUUAAGGCUGUUCAGAUGUGCAGCAAACCCAGAGAAUUUGCACUAGCACUGGCUAUUUUGGAGUGUGCAAUCAAACCAGUUGUCAUGCUGCCCAUCUGGAGGGAAUCCUUGGGGCAUACGAGAUUACGCAGAAUGACAGCAAUAGAAAGAGAAGAAAAGGAGAAAGUGAAAAAAAAAGAGAGAAAGCAAGAAGAAGAAGAAACAAUGCAGCAAGCUACAUGGGUGAAAUACACAUUUCCUGUCAAACACCAGGUUUGGAAGCAAAAAGGAGAGGAAUAUAGAGUAACAGGAUAUGGUGGCUGGAGCUGGAUUAGUAAAACCCAUGUCCACAGGUUUAUGCCCAAACUGCCAGGAAAUACUAAUGCAAAUUACAGAAAAUUGCUAUCAACAAAGAGCGAAGAUGAAAAAUGCAGCUUGGAUAAACGAAAAGGUACAGCUAAGGUAAAAGCAGAGAAAGACAGAGCAAAGGAUUCUCGAGAUCUGCAAGCAAAAGACAAAGAUGUUUCAGAAACCUUGGAGAAAGUACAAGUUAAAGAAGAAAAGUUGCGUGAAGACAAAUUAGAAGUUGACACAAUUUCUGAAAACUUAGAUCAUGCAAAAGACACAGUGGAAAAAGACACCGAUGGUGAAAAUGAUAAAGUCAUCAAAGAAGAACCUAUGGAUGUGGAUGAUGUGAAAAUUGAAUCCUCCAUAAAAGAUGAGGACAGUCAUUGUAAGCGGGAUAUAAUCAAUGUCAGUGAGGGAUUUCAUUUAAGGACUUGCUACAAAAGGAAAGUAAAAUCAUCAAAAUUAGAUGGGCUCCUGGAGCGGCGAAUCAAACAGUUCACCCUGGAGGAAAAACAGCGUCUGGAAAAGAUGAAGCUGGAGGCUGGUGCUAAAACUGGGGGCAUUCCAUCUGUGAGCCCCCAGAAAAACCCAGAGGAGCUCCAAGUGAGGAAUGGGAAGGAAGGAGGCCAGUUUGGCUCUCCUUCCCAGGAUCCAAGCUACAUUUCAGACAAGACCCAAGCUGAAGAUGCAGAACAGGACUGUUUGCCCAUCAGCAAAGCUGGGGAUGAAGAUGAACCUUCCUUGCCUUUGUCCAACAGGCUCUCAAAAGAGGGGCAGCUGCUGGAUGAGGACAGCCCUCAAUCCUCUGAAGGAGACAGCUCUGCUCAGAAUGAUGGCAGAGCAAACAACCCUGAGCCUUCCAUUGCCAGUAAGCAUCAAGGACAAGAGGCUCUUGGAGAAUCUGAGAGCUCUUUGGUGGAUGGCUUGAAACAAACCAGUGCAGAAGGCAGAAUCAAAUGGGAUGUUUCAGAAGCAGCUGAAAAACCCUUGAAACAAAAGCUGCCUAUUACCAGAGUGUCUCAGCGAGAGCUUGGAAACUUAGGACCACUGGUACCUGAAAGCAGCUGUAGAAGAGAUGCUGUGGGCACUCUUGAAAAACCAGACUCAGAAGGGGAUUCUGAACAGCAAAGCAAAGAUCCAGAAAACAAUUGUAUGAUAAAAAGCCAUAUGGAAACCAUGUCCUCUCAAGAAAGUGAAAUGGAGGAAGAAAUUGCUCCUGUAAAGACUGAAAGUAAAUCUGAAAAGAUGAUAUUUCACCAAAAAUCAGCUAAUAAAGAUCUAGAAUCAUUUAAAACAGGGCUGAUUUCUGAAAGAAACCUUGAAAGCCAAGGUCUGGAACACAUGGAUGGGGAAAAUGAUAACAAAGAUUUACUGAGCUCUAAACUAACAGAGGCUAAUGGUCGAAAGAAAGGUCAGGAACUGAAAGUGGAGACAGGUACCAUGAACAAAUAUCUUGAUCAGACAAAUGUAAAUACUAUUACUGACAAAAAGAAUAAUAAAGAUGAAGAAACUGAGACAGAAAAAGAAAAAUCAUCAUUUCAAAUGAAUGGAAAAGACAAUGAUAUUAAAGCAUUAUCAAAUGAUGGCUGCUUAGUGAAAAAUACCUGUGAAGCUAAGGCAGGGGGUGAUAUUGAACCAAAAGUUAAUAAUAUUAAUAAAGCCAUUCCAGAACAUGAAAUAAAACCAUUGACUUUUAAGGAAUCUUCAGUGAAACCAUUCAUGAAUGGUGACAUCAUGGGAGAGGACACAAAGGAUAAAAAUAAUGUGGACUCAAGGUCACAUCUGCAGAGUUCACCUGAGUCUGGAGAGAAUCUUCAGCCACCAGAUGAAGUGCCCAAGUGUGUGCAGAAAACUGAAGAAAAGCAGCUUUCUCCUGAGAGAUCUGCCAGUGGGGGCUCUGCUUGCCUGCCAGCACAGCCUGUCUGUAAAGAAAAUAACCUGAACAGUGAAACAGAAUCUAUGGAGACUGAAGCAAGUGAGGAGAAGAAAGUUGCUCCAUCUCCUGUAACCUCGUGUGAGGAAUCCAGCUUGAGCAGUCACUUUGCUGACCAGAAUGGAAUAAAUAAAAUGGAAAAUAUCAAUGGAGAAAGUAAAAUGAAAACUGUUAUUACUGAAGUGACUACCACAACCUCAACUGUGUCCACAGAGUCCAAAACAGUGUUUAAGGUAGCAGAGACUGGAGCUGCCAGUGAUGAGAAGACCACGGUUGUUUCCUCUACAGAAAACUGUGCCAUCUCCACUGUCACCACCACCACCACUGUCACCAAGCUCACCACUCCAGCCUCAGAGAGUCACUCUGAUGUCAUCUCUGUGCAGGAGCACAGUAAAACAGUGGUGACCACCACAGUCACCGACUCGCUGACCACCCCAGAGGGCACUUUGGUGACUUCCAUGACUGUCAGCAAAGAGUAUUCCACAAAAGACAAAGUGAAGUUAAUGAAAUUCACAAGACCCAAAAAAACCCGUUCUGGAACUGCAUUGCCAUCUUAUAGGAAAUUUGUUACCAAAAGCAGUAAAAAAAGCAUAUUUGUUUUACCCAAUGAUGACUUGAAAAAGCUGGCCAGGAGAGGAGGGAUCAGAGAGGUUCCUUAUUUCAAUUACAAUGCAAAGCCUGCCUUGGAUAUCUGGCCAUAUCCAUCCCCAAGACCAACAUUUGGGAUCACUUGGAGGUACCGACUCCAAACAGUCAAAUCAUUGGCUGGAGUGAGCCUGAUGUUGAGGUUAUUGUGGGCAUGUCUCAAGUGGGAUGAUAUGGCAGCAAAAGCUCCCCCUGGGGGAGGAACCACAAGGACAGAAACAACUGAAACUGAAAUUACAACAACAGAAAUAAUCAAGCGGAGAGAUGUUGGUCCGUAUGGGAUCCGCUCCGAGUACUGUAUAAGAAAAAUCAUUUGUCCCAUUGGUGUACCAGAGGCUCCAAAAGAAACUCCAACGCCCCAGAGGAAGGGACUGCGAUCGAGUGCCCUCAGGCCAAAAAGGCCAGAAACACCCAAGCAAACAGGCCCUGUUAUAAUGGAAACUUGGGUAGCAGAGGAGGAGUUGGAACUGUGGGAGAUCAGGGCAUUUGCUGAAAGGGUGGAGAAGGAAAAGGCACAGGCAGUUGAACAACAGGCUAAGGUUAGUGAACAGAAGAAGGCAGAGGAGUUCAAGGCCCAAUUGGAGGCUCAGCUAAAACACCAACGUUUGGCUGCCCAGCAGAAGCGGCUGGAGCAGCAGAAGCAGAUCCCUGCAGGAGGGGUGGUCCCUGCAGCCAGCACAGCCAGCAGCACUGCAACCACAGUGUCCACACCCCAGAAAGUCGUGGUGGGCCCUCUGACAGGCCCUGUCCCCACAGGAACCAAAGUCGUGCUCACCACUAAAGUGGGGUCUCCAGCUACAGUAACAUUCCAACAGAACAAGAAUUUCCAUCAAACUUUUGCUACUUGGGUUAAGCAAGGCCAGUCUUCAACAGCCACUAGCACAGCUGCCAGCUCAGCCACGAGCAUUGCCAGCACAGGGCAGACCUUCCAGCUCUCAGGCAGCCCAGUAACGAUGGCAGGGAAAGUGAUAACUAAGCUGCCACUCCCUGCAAACAGCAAGAUUGUUGCCGUCAAUGUGCCGUCAACUCAAGGAGGUGUGGUUCAAGUUCAGCAAAAGGUAUUGGGUAUCAUUCCAUCAACUACAGGUGCAAGUCAAACCUUUACUUCAUUCCAGCCAAGGACAGCAACUGUAACCAUUAGGCCAAACACCACAGGGACAUUAGGAACAACAAGCACUUCACAAGUGGUGCAGGGGACGCCGCUGCGCCCCGGGAUGACGGUGAUCCGGACCCCGCUGCAGCAGCCCGCCCUUGGCAAGGCCAUCAUCAGAACACCUGUAGUGGUGCAACAAGGUAUUCUGCCAGCCAGUCAGACCCAGCAAGUGGUGACUCAGAUAAUCAGGGGUCAGCCUGUCUCAACAGCAGUUUCUAGUACCAGCACAGCUUCCUCCAGCACUGGGCAGAAAACCAUCACAAGUUCUGGGACAGCCCCUCAGCAAGUUCAGCCUCAGACCCCCCCAGCUCCCCCACGGCCCCAGCAGGGCCAGGUGAAGCUGACAAUGGCCCAGCUCACCCAGCUCACACAGGGGCAGGGUGGCAGUCAAGGCUUAACUGUGGUAAUUCAGGGACAAGGUCAAACUACUGGUCAGUUACAAUUAAUCCCUCAGGGUGUGACUGUAAUACCUGGUCCAGGACAGCAGCUUAUGCAAGCAGCUAUGCCAAAUGGUACAAUUCAGAGAUUUCUGUUCACCCCACUACCAGCAGCUGCUACUACAGCUAGCACAACUACAACCACCGUUUCUACUUCCACCUCGGGUGGUUAUGAAGCAGAAUGCUGUCAUAGAACAUUUGAAACAGAAGAAGACACUGACUCCAGCUGAGAGGGAAGAAAAUCAGAGAAUGAUUGUGUGCAACCAAGUGAUGAAAUAUAUUCUGGAUAAGAUAGACAAAGAGGAAAAGCAGGCAGCUAAGAAACGGAAGCGAGAGGAGAGCGUGGAGCAGAAGCGGAGCAAACAGAACGCGACCAAGCUCUCAGCUCUGCUCUUCAAGCACAAAGAGCAGCUGAAAGCUGAAAUUCUGAAAAAAAGAGCACUUCUGGACAAAGAUCUGCAGAUUGAAGUGCAGGAGGAGCUAAAGAGAGACUUGACUAAAAUUAAGAAGGAAAAGGAGCGAGCCCAGGCAGCAGCAGCAGCUGCAGCAGCCGCAGCCGCCGCGGCCGCCGCUGCGCCACCAGCACCGCCACCAGUGCCACCAGCCCCGCCACAGCUGCCAGCUGCCAGUGUCACCUCCUCCUCCUCCACCACUGUCCCCGUGCCAGUCUCCUCCCAGAAGAGGAAACGAGAGGAGGAGAAAGAUUCCUCGGCUUCCAAGUCCAAGAAAAAGAAAAUGAUUUCUACUACCUCAAAGGAAACGAAGAAGGACACAAAGCUUUACUGCAUCUGUAAAACGCCUUACGACGAGUCCAAGUUCUAUAUUGGCUGUGAUCUUUGUACUAACUGGUAUCAUGGAGAAUGUGUUGGAAUCACAGAAAAGGAGGCUAAGAAAAUGGAUGUGUACAUCUGUAAUGAGUGUAAACGGGCACAAGAGGGCAGCAGUGAGGAGUUGUACUGUAUCUGCAGAACACCUUAUGAUGAGUCGCAGUUUUACAUUGGCUGUGACCGGUGUCAGAACUGGUACCACGGGCGCUGCGUGGGCAUCCUGCAGAGCGAGGCCGACCUCAUCGAUGAGUACGUGUGCCCCCAGUGCCAGUCCACUGAGGAUGCCAUGACUGUGCUCAGCCCCCUCACUGACAAGGACUAUGAAGGCUUGAGGAGGGUCCUGCGCUCCUUGCAGGCUCACAAGAUGGCAUGGCCGUUCCUAGAGCCAGUAGAUCCCAACGAUGCCCCAGAUUAUUAUGGUGUCAUCAAAGAACCAAUGGACCUUGCUACCAUGGAAGAAAGAAUCCUGAAACGUUACUACAAAAAGGUGACGGAGUUUGUGGCAGACAUGACCAAAAUUUUUGAUAACUGCCGUUACUACAAUCCCAGUGACUCCCCUUUCUACCAGUGUGCAGAAGUUCUCGAGUCUUUCUUUGUACAGAAACUAAAAGGAUUUAAGGCAAGCAGGUCCCAUAACAACAAACUGCAGUCUACAGCUUCUUAGAGUUCAGCGUGUUAACCAAACACACGAGCAAGGACCUGGUUGUCUGACAAUUUUUAAUUAAGGAGCCAGAUGUUUUUAGUCAGGUUAUCCUGACAAGACUCGAUGUAAACUGCGUUUUUAUUGGUCACAACAGUCAAAUUAUAUUCUUGGCUUAUUUUGUCCAAAGGACAAAGAAAUAAAAAUCAGCAGCACCACUUUCUUGUCAAGAUCAAAUUGUUGUACUAUUGUGGCAGAAGCAGGAAAACUUUGUUUUGUUGAAGGAGAGAGAGAAAGAGAGCAAGAAAAAAGAUACAGUAAAUGGGGUCACGUUUAACUCCAUGGAAAUGCCACGUCUGUUCUUCAGUGAAGAAGCUGGUUUAAAGUCCACACAGAAAACUUUGACUGUAUUUAUUUAUUGUUGCAAAAAAGACGCUUUUUUAUUGCUGCCCUCAUUUGUCAGCUAAUUAUUUUUUCUUAUAAAAUCCAGCCCUGGUUCCAUGUAAUCCAUUCUGUAUCUUAACAUGAUUCCUGUAGGUAAAAGUACAAGAAGACCUCUAGAUGUCUUUUCUUUCUAUGAAAGGAGCUGCUAUGUACACAUGUGCACACACACAGGACUGGGAAUCAACAAGGAGUUUAUCAUUCAUGGUAGAUAAAAACAAGCUUGCAUAAAAUUUGGGCUGAGUGGUCAUGGACUACAGACUCUGUUGCCUUGAAUAUAACAAACAGUACAAUUUGUCAUUUACUCUGCACCAGACUGAACUGAGUAAAAUCUAUUUGAAGGUAUCUUGUUUGUAAACAUUUGUCAGAUUCUAAUUUUUUUUUUCUUUUGUAUUAAAAUUCAAAAUAUGGAUGUAUAUGAAACAAAAUAAAUGGAGAUCAUUGUUCUCCCCACAGCA